AUGGCAACCUGCUCCCGGCCAACCUCUCAAACCCGCUCCCCAAUCGAUCAAGGGGAGCUGGAACCCCAAUUUCCGCCAACCCCCUAUGUUGAACUUGGGGAAGUCUCCCUCGAGCGGAUUACCCGCCUCCUCCUUGGCCUCCUUGGCCAAGUCGAGAACCUCAAGCGGAAAGUGGAAGAAGUCCGAGAAGCAGGGGUCGAAGCCCGUACCAACCUUGAGAACAUCUCUCAAGCCGUCAAUACUGUCAAGGAUGGGCUUAGAAGCCUCCAACUCCACGGGCCACGAACCCCUGAAGACACCAAGCCCCCGGCCGUGGAAGCAACGCCACGCCCCUUAUCAAAAGCCGACCCUAUUGGAUCGACUAGUCGGGUCUCAUUCUGGCCCGAAUCAUCCAAGGGGCUUCCUGCCUUCGCCCAGCCUACCCCCGUCCGAGCAGCACCCCCGCAAGUCCCAUCUCCCCCUCCAUCUCCGCGUCUCCAAUCCCCAAUCGGGACAGCCGCCCCUCCACCUCCAGCUCCAGUUGCCGCCUACCCCGCUCCGGUCAAGGUUGACCACCCCGAUGCCUACACAGGCAAAAUAGGGAGCGAGGCAAAGCAGUGGCUAACUCGGAUGCUAGCCUGGACCCGUCUCAACUUGCGUAUGUUCCCCACCGAUCAAGAGGUCUUAUCCUUCCUCUUGAUGAAUAUGAAGGACACCGCUGGGGCCUGGGCCCACCCUCACCUUGACCAGCUCGGCUCACACCAAGCCAUUAUUCAAACGGUUGAAGGAUUCAAGACGGAAUUUUUGGCGGCAUUUGGUGACCCUGAUGCCACAAGGGCCGCCGAGCGGAAGAUCACCUCCCUCACCCAGUCCGGCACAUGCGCGGACUAUAUCACAAAGUUCAGAACCCUAGCAAUGGAACUGGACUGGAACGACGCGGCCCUUCGAGGCCAGUUUGCCCGCGGCCUCCACUGGGAGGUCAGCCGCCAAAUCGCAACCCGCAAGCACCGCCCCCGCACACUUCUUGAGCUGCAAAAUGCAGCACUCGUCAUUGACAACGCUCUCCGCGAAGAGCAAGCUAGCCACCCACCAAGGGAUAAUAAGUCUAGCAGACCAUCCAACCCCGCAAGGGGGACAAGUACCGGCCAAUCCACAACCGGUUCGAAGAAACUCUCUGACAACCCCAACUUUGUGUCGGAGGAGGAGCGUAACCGCCGCCGCGCCGCAGGCGCUUGCAUCAAAUGCGGCAAAAUGGGCCACAAGUUUGCGGAAUGCCGCACGGGCUGGAAGGCUACCCCUAUUGAGGACAAGGGGAAAGCCAAGGAAGCCGCCAAAAUCGGCAAAGACUCUGAGUACCAAUUGGGAAAAGAUAACAAUAGAAUAUCCCCACUCUUCACGAUUUCAAUUAAGCCAGAGAAACAAGCGGAACAUUUAGAAGUCCUGAUAGACUCAGGCGCAACAUCUUCUUUCCUUCACCCUCGUACCGCGGAAUCACUCCGCCUUCCCCUCAUAGAUCUCCCUUCACCCCGCACUGUCACUAUGCUCAAUGGGUCAAGCCCCCAGGCCGGAAAAAUCUGGAAGAAGGCUAACCUGACUUUCUCCCUUGAUGGCAAAAAAAUGACUGAGACCUUCCUUAUAUGCAACACAGGGUCUCACGCCGCCAUCUUGGGAUUGAAAUGGCUGGACGCACACAAUCCAGAAAUUGAUUGGAACGCACAAACCCUCUCCUUUCCCCAUACACCACCGGAACACGUGGCCAUUGCUGAGGAGGAGGAAGCUGAUCAGAAUCCCCUUGAAGGAGUACCCUCCAAAUACCAUAGAUACGCCAAGGUAUUUGGAGAGGAAGAAUUCAACAAGCUUCCCCCCCAUAGGCACUACGAUAUUGGGAUUGAGCUCACAGAAGAGGGUCCCCUGAACUCUCCCCUAUACAGCAUGACGGACGCCAAAUCCGCCACUCUCAAGGAUUGGCUCAGGGACGAGUUGAAAGCAGGGAAGAUCCGUCCUAGCAAAUCCUCAAUUAGCUCCCCCGUUAUGUUCGUUCCAAAAAAGGAUGGCUCUCGCCGAUUGGUUGUUGACUACCGCCGUCUCAAUAACCGGACAAAGAAGAACGUGUACCUGCUACCCCGUCCGGAUGACCUCAUGGCCCAGCUCCGCGGCGCCAAGGUCUUCACCAAACUAGACCUAAGAUGGGGUUACAACAAUGUCCGUGUUAAAGAAGGUGAUGAAUGGAAAACAGCAUUCCAAACCAAGUACGGCCUCUACAAAUCCCUGGUCAUGACCUUUGGCUUGACAAACGCCCCUGCCGCCUUUCAGCAUUUCAUGAAUGAACUGUUCAAGGACUUACUGGAUGUAUGCGUUAUCAUCUACCUCGAUGACAUUCUAAUUUACUCCAAGGAUGACGCAUCCCACACGAAGCACGUUCACGAAGUCCUAAAACGGUUGAUGGAUAACCAAUUGUUUUGCAGGGCAUCCAAAUGUACCUUCCACGUCACUUCCGUGGAAUACUUGGGAAUCAUUGUGUCGGAUAAGGGUUUCAGUCUGGAUAAGCUCAAAAUCCAGGCAGUACAGGAGUGGCCUAUCCCUACCAAGGUUAAGGAGGUCCAAUCCUUCCUUGGGUUUGCCAAUUUCCUCCGCCGAUUUGUUGCAAACUUCAGCCACGUAGCACGCCCCCUGCAUAACCUGGUAAAGAAAGACACAGCGUGGAAAUGGGAAGAAAAGGAACAAGCCGCCUUCCAAGGGUUGAAGGACGCCAUUACCAACGCCCCGGUACUUUGCCACGCAGACCCCACCAAGCCGUACUUCCUGGAAACGGACGCAUCCGGCGCAGCUUUGGGAUCCAUACUCAGUCAACAACAAGAAGAUGGCUGGUUACACCCACUGGGUUUCCUUUCGGAGUCAUUCAAGGGAGCAGAACAGAAUUAUGAUACGCACGACAAGGAAUUACUUGCGAUCAUCCGUUCCCUUGAAUAUUGGCGUAUUUUCCUGGAAGGGACAGUCCACCCAAUCACGGUCUUUACGGAUCACCGGAACCUAGAAUACUGGAAGGAGUCAAGGACCUUUAACCGUCGUCACGCACGGUGGCACCUACUACUAGCAGGAUACAACUUUCAAAUCGUGUACAGCCCAGGCAAACAAUCCGGCAAACCAGACGCCCUAUCCCGCCGAUCCAACCAUGCCAAUAUUCCCCCUGCCAGCCAAACCAUGCUACCAGAUCCUGUUUUUGCCAACAUAGCCGUAGUAACACCCAAGAAGGAGAUCCAACGCCUGAUUGAAGCCGCCCUGGACCAAGACGAAUCCCUGGAGGAAAUAUUACAAUUCCUCCAAAACAAGUCCAAGGCGCCUCCAUCCAUCAAACGCGCAUUCAAGGAUUACCAGAUGGAGGCAGGACUUCUCUUCUACCAGGGCCAAAUUGUGGUACCAGAUGUAGGGACUCUGAGAACGGACCUUCUUUGGAUUUUCCACGACAGCCCCUUGGCAGGCCACCCGGGAAGACAACGGACGCUAGAACUACUGUCCUGUAACUACUACUGGCCAGGUAUCCGCGCGGACACCUACUGGCAUGUGGAUUCCUGUGAAACCUGCCAACGAAUAAGGAAGCCAAAGUACACCUCCAUUCCUCCGCAGCCGCUCGAACUCCCAACUAGACCAUGGCAAUACGUCUCCUAUGACAUGAUAGUAGACCUACCAAGAGACGGGAACCACAACUCAAUCCUGGUCAUAGUGGAUAGCUUUACCAAGUAUGGAAUCUUUGUCAAAUGCUCCAAGAAGCUAAAAGCACCCGAGCUAGCGGAAUUGUUCCUGGAACACGUAUGGAAACGCCACGGUGUCGUACACCAACUGUAA